AUGAUCGUCCCGUCGUUCGGCGAAGGGUCGUGGCUCGAGGUCAUCCUCCAGCACCUCAGGGACGCCGGGAGCGAUGGCCUGACCCCGAGCGAGAUCGCGCUCCGCGCCGCGCGCUGCGGCCGCGAGCUCGGCAAGAGAGGCUUGGAUUCCGCGCUCGCGUCCAUCGUGCCCAUGUUCGGUCCGGGCCCGAAGGCGAAGACGGCGUACUUCGCGCGAGUCUCGCGGGACGAGCAGGGCGGGGAUAAGAACAACACGAAGUGGCGGCUCGCGGACGAUCUCGACGCGAGCGAGGUGCCGGCGACGGAUCCCGUCGAUCCGACGCGCGCGAGCUGGACGGUCGAGGAUCUGGCGGACGCGAACGCCAAAGGACUAGUCGGGAAGAAGAAGAAGCCCGCCGCGAGGGCGAAGGCCACGAGGGCGAAGGCGACGGAGGGAGGCGACGGGAAGGACAACAACCCCGAGGACGGCGCGGCGAAGGACCCGCCGCGGACGGCGAGGACGAAGUCCGCGAAGGUGAUCGACGACGACGAUGACGACGACGACGACGACGACGACGACGACACCCCCGCCGACGACGACGCGAAGACGGCGAAGCCGGACUCGCAGGACUCGCGGAGGCACGCCGCGGUCGCGCGAACCGCCGCCGCGACCGCGACGACGUCCGAUCCCGCGCGACGACCGGCGUGUGUGUACGCGUGGCCCCCGCCCAUCUCCGCCGACGCGUCGACGUCGCCGAAGAAGAAAAAGCCGACGCUCGCGACGAAGAAGGGCCACACCCCGCGCGAAAGCGUCCUCCUCCGCGUCCCGCGCCCGGACGACGCUUCUGGCGCGGAACCUGAGCCUCCCGCGGUGACGUCCGCGACCGGCUGGGUGAGCGUCUCCAGAGGCGCGAUCGUGAGGUUCGCGGACGGCGUCGCGAUGCAGGUGAACGAAUUCCACGAGGAAAACAAACCCGGCGGCGGCGGCGUCCUCGUCGGCGUCCUCGCGGCGACGCGCGCGGGGCUUCAGAAGUUCGUCGGCGCGCGCGGGACCAAGCUCAAGGUGAUGCCGGCGUACGACACGAUGGUGUUCAUGUUCGACGACGACGCGGAACAGAGGGAGAUCAUUCUCGUCAAGGCGGAGAUCAUCGAGCGGCGCGCCGAGGACGUCGAGCGCGUGCUCUCGACGCGUCUGAAGAGCGACGCCCCGGGCCGGGGGAAGCCGGAUCUGAAGAUGGUGCUCACCGGGAAGUACGACGAGCACUGGAGGUACGAGGGGUCGCUGGAGAAGAAAGAUCUGAGGAACGGCGCGGUGACGGAGUUGGACGCAAGUGCGGCGGAAAAGGCGGAGAAGGCGGCAGCGGCUUUGGCAAAGAAGGCGGCGGAAAAGGCGGAAAAGGCGGAAAAGGCAGUCGCGAAGAAGGCGGAGGUCCCCGCGCCCGCGCCCGCGAAGAAGCCGCCCGCGCCCGCGCCCGCGCCCGCGCCCGCGCCCGCGAAGAGAGAGCCGAAGCGAGAGGAGAAAGUCGACAGACCGGUCGCGAAGCGCGGAGACCUCCCGCCGGUCGUCGCGAUGGAGGUGGACGUGGACGUCGUGUCCGACGACCGCGGCGAGAAGCGGCGACGCGACCGCCCCGACGCGGACGCGCCCGCGGACGAGAAGAAGAUGAAGUUCUCCGAGGCGGUCGCGAGAGACCCGCCGCCCGCGUCCGCGAUCGGGUUCAGAAUACCCAAGUCGAACGCCGCGGCCGCGGCCGCGGCGGCGCCGGCGACGGACGCGGCGGCGGCGGCGGCGCGGGCGCGCGCGGACCGAGACCGCGAACGCGAACGCGACCGCGUCGCGCAGGAGCGCGAGGAGAAGGCGCGCAGGGAGAGAGAAGAGCGCGACGCGAGGCUCGAGCGCGAGCGCGAGCGCAGGGAGAGAGAAGAGCGUCAGCGACGCGCGCGCGCGGCGCUGCUGGAGAGCCAGGCGGCGAAGGCGGCGGCGGCGUCCGAGCGCGAGAAGGGGGAGAUUUUCACGCGCGCGCCCGCCGCCGAGCCGGGCGACGCCGCCGCGCGCGCCGCCGCCGUCGGCGACGAGAACGCCGCGGCGUACGCGCGCCUGAGGGCGAAGUACGCGCGGUGGCCGAAGAACCUCGCGGGCGUGCGCGCGGGUAUCGGCCCGCUCGAGCACGCGUUCUGGAACCCGCGCGGGAUGUCGGAGGCGACGUUUCUAGAGAUUAAGCGGCGGGCGCCCACGCUUCAGGACGCGUACGACGACGCGUGGCGCGCGGUGGAGGCGGCGAAGAGCGCGCCGCCGCCGCCGCCGUUCCCGCCGCCGGCGAUACCUCCGCCGCCGCCGGCGGCGGCGACCCUCGGGGGGUUGGAGCGCAGCGCGAGCGGGAGGGACCUCGACGACCGCGGGGGCGCGGCGGGGCCCGGGCCCGGAAGGGGCCGAUUCCCCGAGAUCGAAAACGGACUCGUGUGGGUCAUGAAGUACAAGUACGUCAAGCACGGCAUCGAGAACCGCCUGAUCGCGCUGGACGAGGAGGGCGGGCGCAGAGUCCUCAAGAAGAAGAUCAAACCGAACACGAUCGUCUUCAUGUGCGGGUGCAACAGCGACGGCGAGCGGCGCGAGUUCAUGUACCGCGCCUUCCGCGCCGUGCCCGCGGACCCCAACGCGUCCCCGCCCGAGUUCGUCGCCGCGCACGACCCGAGCGCGUUCCAGGGCAAGUACCCGACGCACCAGGUCCGCCUCGCGCCGGUGGAGGGGAUCGGGCUGGACGAGGGCCCGUUCUACGACGGCCCCGAGGCGCACCUGAGCGACGACGAGCUGCGCGCGCUGCCGCGGCGCGUGGAGGACUACCUGAGAGACGGUCAGCGGCCGGGCGCGCCUCGAGGGCACGAGUUCCCGAUCACGCUGAAGAAGCGCGAGGCGGAGGAUCUGCUGGAGACGCUGGUGGAGGCGGCGCGGUUCAGAGGGCGAAGGUGA